CAUUGAUCUGUUUAACAUUCAUUGACCUUGCAUCACGGCUUUCAUGCAGUCCAUAUGGUUACGCAUAACAUUACCAUAGUGCCGAAUCAUUAACGCUGGAGUUAAAAGUGGUGGUGGUUGCCUCAUAUUACAGGGAUUUACAUCUAUUCUGAAUCAUGAGUGAGCCAUGAGGCAUGGAUAAUAAACGUUAAUUGUAACUGAAAACUGAAAAGCAUUUGCAUUUUGCAUAAAAAUGACUUCAAUGAAGGUUAUGUGUUGCGGUUUACCACACAUACACAUUUGAAGUUCUUACUAUAGCAUACGAAACACUUUUAUUUAUUUAUUAUACUAAAAUUAUUACAUUUAUAAUACCAUAUUAUGUCCCUGGUAAGAGGAACUGAAGUCAAUAGGAAUUAUAUUUUAGUUAAAAACUUAAUACCAGGCACCAAAGAAUUGUCAUGUAUCACAUAUACUUUUCUCUAAUCAAAAUGUUGAUUUAUAAAUGAAAUUUAAGUAUCUGUGUAGACUAACACAUUUUAAUGUUUAUCUUCUUUCAUGCUCCUAAUUUUCAUAACGAAAACAAUUGUCAACAAAUGCUUUAAACACAUACAAAGUUGCAUUGUGAGCAACAACGCACAGAAACUUGAAUCAAACGAUAAGUUUUGAAUAUCCCAAAAAUUAUUAUUAAAAGUUAUCUUCUUCCAGGAUGACAGGGGGUGAACUUUCAGCAUGUCUGGCUCCAAAUGAGGAACUGUGGCACAGGCCUGCCAGAUAUGAAUCCUGGCAUAUAAGCAGCUGGUCCAGGGUUUUGCAGUUGACCUACAUCUCCACUGUGCCUCAUCCUUAUAUAUAUUCAUUUCAGUAUGAUUGUAUUUGGCUGGUCCAAGAGAACCAGAUAUUUUGUGGUCAGCCCUGAACACAACUCAUAACUUCACCUUUACAUUAUUCCUAGCUGGAAGACAGAACUUUUUCAUUAUUAAAUCCAGGACAACUCUAGGAUCUGUUUAACAAGACUGUUUACCUCAAAGUACAUGAGGCCAGAAUAUAAAGCUGAACACUUAACUUUUGCCUAAUACUGAGAUUAAGAAUAGGUGGAACAUUACCUCUACAUACUACAUUCAUAUUGUUAACAUGACUUUUACUGCUCCUUGUUUAAUAACAUUAUCUUCCAAUGUCCCUCCUCACCAUCUCUCCCUCAUUUGUUAUUCUACAAAAAUGAGCUCUGUUGUAAAGUUUCUCUAACAUAAUUGAUUAUUAAUGAAUCAAAGUCAUUAAUAUGUUCACAAAUCCCCACCAAUCACGUCUAUGCUGAACUAGCUCAGUCCUGUUGCUUUCAUAAUCCACUUUCCUUAUGAUCCUUUCUAUUAGCUUCCAAUCUGCCUGUAACACUUCCAAGUGUUGCCCUCUGAAAUACAUAUUUUUGUAUUUUUGCUUCCCUUAUGCAGUCUACAUUUAAUGUCCAUGUAAUCUUUCUUGAUUUAAUCACUCCAGCCAGGUUCAUCUGUAUGGUGUCUGGGGCCUUGGGUAAAUCAGCGUGUGACGCCAUCAAUAUUUUACAGAAAUCUCAAACUUUUUAACCAUGUCUGGUAUUUUGUGAGAUCUGAAUUAUCCUUUACAAGGGUGUUGACUUGAGUAACAUAGUUAAGGAAGCUGCAAUGAGUGAUAUUCCUGAUGCCUCCAGAAGCAAAUUGACUUCAUCACUUGAUAAUAUAGCUAAACUGAUGAAGGAACCUGCUGAGAAAGAGAAGAUUAUUAUUGAAGAGCUACGAACUGUAAAAGAUGAAUGCGACAAGAGUAUUGCAAACAAGGUUUUUGCCGGAUCGCUUGGAGCUUAUAGCAUGUUGAUUGAUGUAUUGGAAAGCUUUAAUUCAGUUAAUGAGGUUGCAAGCGAAGCGCUCAGUACAGUCACAGCACUGAUGUCAGGGAACCCAGAUCUUUUGGACAAGCGAGGCCGUGAAAUUAUCAUUAAUUACUUGGAUAACCAGAAGAAUGUAGAUAUACAAAAGAAAGUUUUAGAAUGGGCUAAAGUGUGUUGCAUCAAACAUGAACAAAAUCGACAAGACUUAUUUGGAAUGAAGAUUCUUAUAAGAUUGAAAACUUUAUUGCACAGUGAUACUGCACCAGUAAUAGUGAGGCAAGUUUGCGGUGUUGCCAGAGCCCUUGUGUUGGAUGAUGACAUUCGAGUACAGUUUGGAAAAUCUCACGAUCAUGCUAGAGAUAUAGCUCUAGAAAUUCUUUGUACACUGACAGAUUUAUUAAAAAAAUUUAAAGGUGACAAGGAGACAGUUAGUGAUGUAAUUCUCACCUUGACAGCAUUGAUCGUGAGAAACGAAUUCUGCCAGAUGGUUGAUGAAGCUGGAGGCAUAAUAUUCAUUAUGGACGUUUUUGUCAACUGUCCUGACAGUGAGAAGCUCAACAGGCUGUGCUUAAAUCUGGUGAAGGGGCUUGCCGGUAAUGAUGAUGUAAAGGCGCGAAUAGUGAAGCAAGGUAUUGCACCUCUAAUUAUAUCAGCAAUGCAUCGGCAUGAGUCAUCUGCUAGACUUGUGGGUGCAGGCUGUGCCGCAAUAGCUGCCCUAAGUUUGCGAAAUCCAGUUAACAGCAAAGCUCUGUGUGCUGCCGGUGCCCCAGACGUUAUUUUGCAAGGCAUGAAGAUUCAUGCAGAAGAUUCUUCUGUGCAGAAACAAGGCAGCUGGGCAGUUCGAAAUCUGGUGUCACAUGAUAAAACUUUGUGCCAAUCUUUUAUGAAGCUGGGAGCUGAGGAUAUUCUAAGAACUGCCGUUAAAGUGCACAGUUUGAAUUGUGAUUUUGAUGCGAAAGCAGCACUCAGAGACUUGGGUUGUGACAUUGAAUAAGUAUAUUGAGUACAACAUCCGUAACUGAGUAAAAGGUAUCUUGUUUUCAUUUUGUUGCCGUGGCUAUGGAAGAGUUUUACUAAGAUUUAACAAGAAUGUACACGUAUGUUAUUGCAGUAUGAACCUCUCUUUAACUUUAUAAAUAAUAUUCUUUUUUGAGAUUU